AACAGCAUUAAACCUACUCUUGUAUCUGUAUCUGUAGAUUUAGUGAAGUCUGUAAAUGAAAUGUAAACUAAUCAAACUGGCAUUGUUCUUGUCCACAGAAAACAGCAUCGCCAUCUACUCGGCCACAUCGCGCGGACGCAUGCAGCUCAUUUAUGGCGGGCAGCCGUUCAUCUUUGAGAAAACCCUGAAGCUGUCGUCGGGCGAGGAGAAGCGUUACUGGCGCUGCAAUCAAUGGUGGAACCAGAAGUGUCGCUCACGUGUGUUCACAGUCAAUGAUAUUGUCUGUCCGCUGAAUCGUUUCCAUACGCACGAGGAGAUUGUACGACGCAAGAAAAGAGUUCGUCGCGUGCCGGUCGGGGCAGCCGCCAAGGUUGUGACAACCGUCACCCGGCAGCAACAGGAGGCGGCACAACAGCAGCAGCAAGACGAGAUUCAAGAGCAGCUGGCCAGCGAUGCAAUGUUGACAACUGCAUUGGAGGAUGAAUCGCCGGCCACCAUUGAUGUGAACGAGCUGGGCAUGCACCUGAAGUACGAGGAAAUAGUGGCCGAUGUCACAGGCAUGGUGGGAUCCAAUCGCGUGGUCACCCGCAGGAAGUGAGAUGCAAUCACGCACCAACUCGUAUACACACGUAGAUUUAAUUUGAUUUUAGGGCAUAGACACACAACAUACAAUAUAUGGCAUACAAUUCAGCUUCUAGCAUAUAUAUACAUAUACAUAUAUAUAUACUUAUAAUUAAACUAUCUUCUAAUAAACUUUAAAAGCCUUUGACAGUAAAGAGUGGAGUGAUGUCCCCCCGCAGCCAUAUUCCAGCUAAAGCCCUACCAAUACCAGCCUACACCUUACUAACCCACCGGGACACAUGUUCUCUUUUUGCAGAAAACGAAGAUGCGCAAAAGUUCUACUUCACCAAGGGCCAGCGGGAAUCCGUCAAGCUGAACUACGCCGGCCAUAGUUUUGUGAAGUUCAUGCAAAACAGUCGCGGCACCAAAUGGAUAUGCGCCACCCGCUCCACGACCAAGUGCCGUGCCCGUGUUCGCACCAAUGAAAAUAAUUCUCUGGAGAUUCUACAUGAGCCGCACAAUCACGAAAUGCCACCGAAGCUGGAGAAAAGACGUCACCGUCAGAAGAUUAAGGCGAGGAAAGUGGAUUAGAACGUAGAACUUAACGAGCCCUAAAGACUCUAGUUUGAGUACAAAAUAAUAAUGGUUAUCGUCAUUUUAAGGAUGUGUAAAGUUUAAUUGAAUUUUUGCCUUUAUUGCCAUAUACAUACGUACAUACAUCAUUUAUCCAAUUUAAUCUCUAACAAAUGUCAGUACAUGGCUAUAGAUUGGAGCGUUUUUCUCUUGUCAAGGGUAAAUUUAUGAUUUUCGUAGUGAUUAUAUUGUGCUCUCUGGACUAGGGCUUAAUUAAAUGCCAAAAUAAGUUAA